AAGAAAAAGCAGACAAUGAUAAGGAAAAAAUACCAUCAAAUUUCCCCACAGGCGGGGGCAUGGCUGAACAAGUAUAUAAAGCCUCCCAACCCAAGCAGAAAAAUCACCAACUAUAUUGACAAUCUUGCACAGUUACUAAAUAAACAGUGCUACGCUUCUGCCAGUGUUGUUCAAGAUCCAAGCCUUCAACUCGGGAAAAGGUUAGAUACAAUGAGCUUGACAGCCGGAGGAGACUGGAUGUGCAGCGCAUGCCAGCACCUGAAUUUCAAAAAACGGGAAACGUGCCAGCUUUGCGGGUACCCUAAGUAUGGCGGCCCUGAUCCAGCAACCUACAUAUGCAAUGCGACAAAGGUUUUGGCUGGGGAUUGGUACUGUACUGUCAUUAAUUGCCACGCUCACAACUAUGCUAGCCGGUCAAGCUGCUACAGCUGUGGUACCUUAAAAAGCGGUCAUGCUGCAGGUGGGUAUGCAUCCGAUGGAAGUGAUCCUCCUGGAUGGAAAACUGGUGAUUGGAUUUGCAACAGAUCGGGAUGUGGAGUCCAUAACUAUGCUAGCAGGAUGGAAUGCUAUAGAUGCAGAACACCAAGGGAAUACGGUGGUGGAUAUUAACAAAAAUGACUCUCUCUUCACUGCUUAUGACCCUGUUCUCUCCGCAAUUACUUUCUUUUUCUUUCAGUUUUUAGAUCAGUAAUAAGCCUUGGGUUGGCAUUGAUCCAAGGAACUUUAAUUUCCAGAAGCACAGCCAUGUAUUUGAAUUGACAUGGAUUCUCUUGCAACGUUAACUACAUAUGAUGUUCUUAAAAUAUAAGAAGCUUAAGAAUCUUUCCCUCCCCUUA